AUGCGUGAUCUACCAAAGUUGCGGAUCACCGAGGCGGACGAUGUCGAGUCGGGAGUGUCGCUUACGCUGGAGGAUCGCUGUUUGCGGUCUGCCGGCGAUCGGUGCAGUGCGAUUGGCAGCACACCGGAUACGAUCGGCUCAGGCCGAUCGUCAUCGUUUCGGUUCGAUCAACCACAGCGGGCAUCGGGAAGGCGGCCUGGUCCGUUUCGGGCGGGUACCAAGAAGCCACGGAAACGGGCUGUUUUCAAGAACGGCUACUGCAACGUGAGCGCCACGAAGCUACCACAGCAGCAGAUCCGAUUCCUGCAGGACAUCUUUACGACGCUGGUCGAUGCGCAGUGGCGCUGGACGUUGUUAGUGUUUGCGCUCGGGUUCGUCAGUUCGUGGAUGCUGUUUGCCGGGCUCUACUGGCUGAUUGCGUAUGCCCACGGUGACUUCGAGGCGCACCACUUGCCACCGUUUCAAGAGGACAACGGAUGGACACCGUGCAUCACGUCGCUGUACACGUUCACGUCGUGCUUUCUGUUUUCGCUCGAAACGCAGCACACGAUCGGAUACGGAUCGCGCGCCAUGGAGGAGGAGUGCCCGGAAGCGGUGUUCGUGAUGAGCCUGCAGUCGGUGCACGGUGUGAUGGUGCAGGCGUUUCUGGCCGGCAUCAUUUUCGCCAAGAUGACCCGCUCGAAGCGGCGCGCCCAGACGCUGCUGUUCUCGCGCCACGCCGUCGUUGCGCAGCGUGACGGCGAGCUGUGUCUUGCGUUCCAGAUUGGCGAUAUGCGCAAGAGCCACAUCAUCGGGGCGAACAUCCGGGCGCAGUUGCUGCGGCCGAAGGUGACCAGCGAAGGGGACAUGCUGGAACAGUACCACACCGAGCUGGAGCUGACGGUGGACGGCUGCUCGUCGGACGUGUUUCUCAUCUGGCCCCGGAUCGUGGUGCACCGGAUCGACGAGAGGUCCCCGUUUUAUGGGUACUCGGCCGACGACAUCCUGCUGGAGCGAUUCGAGGUGAUCGUGGUGCUGGAGGGAACGAUCGAGUCGACGGGCCAGACCACGCAAGCGCGCACCAGCUACGUCAACACGGAGAUCCUGUGGGGCCAGCGGUUCGAGCCGCUGCUCCUAUACAAUGCGGACAUUCAGGGCUACGAGAUUGAUUUUUCCAAGUUCAACGACACGGCACCGCAGUACACGCCCCGGUGCUCGGCCCGCCAGCUGAAAGGGUGCUUCCAGUCCCCCCUCAAAGGUAUCUGCGCUUCGGCUGAUUCUGAUCGGAAUCCUAUUUUGGGGCAAUCGUGUGACCCUCUGCUGAUGGGGCGUGAACCGAGACUGAACCACAUCGACGAACGUGCCAAUCCGCAGUUCCUGUUUCCCAUGUUUAAUCGACGACUUUCGCGUUCAUCGAGUGCACUGUAGCGGCGGCGGUUUGUGCCCCGGCU